GUAGGGGCACAAAUGUGAUCGAACAAUCGUGGGUUGGUGACCCACACGUGCUCGCCCAUGAGUGCGAAGAUGAGGUCUCCUCAAACUCGACAUCCAACUCUGGUCAGGGCAGUGGCCAGGGAGGCAACUCAACCGACCGUGACACCCACUACAUCGACAGAGCUGACAAGAACAUCCGUGACUUCGAGAGCAAGUUCACCCCCAAAGGUGGAAGCGGAAGCGGAAGCAGUGGUAGCAAGU